GAACUGCGCUGUCGUGACUCAGUUGUUUCUCCACGACCAAACUGGAGGCUGCCGUCCCUCUCAAUGAGGCUAACCCCUGCUAGGCCACCGCUAAUGCUGCUGAAGGAGCUGCUGCUUCAUCUCAGGCUCGGCCUGGCGCUGUAAACCAUGCUGGAGACUCAGAGGGACAUCGAUAAGACCGUGUUCGUCAGUAAUCUGCACAGCUGCGUGAGGGAGGAGAUCCUGUACGAGCUCUUUCUGCAGGCGGGUCCAGUCAAAAAGGUCGUCAUUCCCAGAGACCGAGAGGGACACCAAAGGUCUUUCGGCUUUGUUUACUAUAAGCACGCUGAAGCCGUACCCUACGCCAUCGAGCUGCUGGACGGAAUUUGGCUCUAUGGUCGUCCGAUCAGCCUGAAGUAUACAUUUGUGGUCAGGACCCCCAUGGACCCUCACAGAGCAGGGAACUCUCACCAGGCCUGUGGCGCUGCAUCUCCACACCUGCAGAACGGACUGGCUGGAAACAGCAAGUUCCCACCUCCAGAAGAACACAGCUGGAGUGACGUGGUGUCUGCUUUGCCCCUUGAUCACUUCUAUCCAGCUGUGCCUGCUGCUCAGGGGCAGUGCUGGCCUGCUGCUUCUACUCCAUCCUCUGCUGCCCCCCAGUGGCCAUGGCUGGUCUCUGGAUAUGCUCCGUGGAUCCCUGGCUCAGAGGAACAGUCUCCAGCUUGUGCCACAUCGAAAACGGACACAGAGCACAGCCUAGAGGGUGGAAAGCAGCAGAAGAGCAGAAGAAGCCAUGAGAGGAGACAGAAGCGCAAGAGAAGACACAAAAUCUGAGUGCGCUCAUCUCCCGGGGCGCUGCUAUAACACUGCUUCUGCGUUGGCUUCUGGCGUUUAUUCUACAGAACAUACGAAGCUGAUUUACAGCCAGUCAGUGACGGUGUUCAUCUUCCUGUGUGUUGCGGAUAAGAAUGUGUUCAUAAAUUCAGCCUUUAUCUCAAUUACUUUCAAUGAUGAAUCCAGUUUAGCUGAUUAUUUAGUUGUAGAGUCGAUAUUUCAGUUAAUUCCGCUCGAGCUGUGUGAAUAAAGACGCACAUGCAGUGAACUGUG